CAAAGCCCGCAUUUAAACCCUUCACCCACGAGCAACGCACAAACUCAUAAACACGAAAGCAGAGAAGCCGAGCAGGCAAAUCGCAAAACAGAGAUGAACAAGUCAUGAUUUAUUCCCGUACUUUCUUUUUCCACUUUACCCAGAAUCAAAACACCUCAGCAGACUGAAAAUCUCUCUUUGCUUAAACCCUCAAGCACAUAAACCCUCAUUCCCUCGGUUAUCUCUCGCUGGAGUCAGAAAGGAGUCUCCUUUGGGAGCAAGGGAAGCAGAUUCAUAGAUUCAUGGAUAGCAGCUACGGCGGCGGGCCUUCCUGCUCGUCUGCGGCGCAGGAGCAGAUAUCCCGCUUCUUCAGCGAGCAAGUUCCUCUUCCAUUCUCUUCUUCUUCUGCUGGAUUCAGGGAAAGGAGUGGGUAUCCGAUCACUGAGAAACUUGAGUUAGAAGUCGAGGAGGCGGCGGAGGAGGUAGCGAAGCCAGUGGCGUCGACUCGCAGCGGCUCUGGCUCGAAGAGGAGCAGAGCAGCUGAAGUUCAUAACUUGUCGGAAAAGAGGAGGAGGAGUAGAAUAAAUGAGAAGAUGAGAGCCUUGCAGAACCUGAUUCCUAAUUCUAACAAGACUGACAAGGCUUCAAUGCUUGAUGAGGCGAUUGAAUACCUGAAGCAAUUACAGCUUCAAGUUCAGAUGCUGUCAAUGAGGAAUGGUCUGAAUUUGCAUGAUAUGUAUCUAUCGGGAAUGGUGCAAUCGCCGCUUCAAGCUUCCGAGAUUUGCAUGGGAUUCAAUGGCGACAACAGGAUAGCACUGAACAUGGGUAAAGGAAUGCUGCCUCUCAACCAAGAAUCCUUUUCACAGAAUCAGCACGCAUCCUCCCAUCAAAUUCAAACCAUUGUGACUAGCCUUGCUGCUUCACAGGAAACCUUUCAGUUACCCAUGUCUGCUGAGAUGCUUGCUGAUGGCAUAGUAUUGCAACAGCAGUUAGAUGCAGGGUCUUCUGCAAGAAAUACAACUGAUCGAGUGAAGACAUCGGUGCCACAUUUUGGAGGCGAAUGCUCGGUGUUGGAAGACCAUGUUCAGUUGCAGACAGGCAUCAUAGGCAGAGAGGGAACACAAAACAUGCUACGUAGAAGCUCAGACCUCCAGUUCAAUAUACAUCACUUGCAUGGCUUGCAACCUCGAAGGAGCUUAGGUGGUAGUGAUAUCAAGGCAGAAUCUCUUGAGUUCUGAUGCUGCAUUGCUCUUUUUUUUUUCUUUUUCUUUUUUGAAGAUUUUCAGUCAUUUGCAGGAAGGGAAACUUUGUCGAUUUGAACUAGUUAUAUCAUAUUUUUAUUAAAGAACUGGGUCUCAACUUUAUAAAUGUUUAACUUUUGAAAGGAACUUACUAACCUGAGUUGCUCUUUGUGAAAAGAAUGUAACCAAUGAAGAGGCCACUUCAUAAGCCAUAGGAAAAAUGAAGCUUUCUUUUAUGUCUC